UGUCCUGUAGGUGUAGCCCGUCUGGUUACACGCUCUUACGGGCAACUUCUGGAGGAGUUGUUACCAGCACAGAGAUCUACAGGCCAAAAACCAGACCCUCGAGACGAGCGAGAAGAAGUCACGUUAGGUUCAAGGAAACUUCAGCGGACACAUGAGAGUGCUCGUGUGAAUCGCCACAGCCGCCGACAUGUUCACGCGCGGAUCAAAGAAGCGACGCUCCAAUCGCUCGACCGAGGAUGAGGAUCCGGACAGGGGGCAGCCGUGUAUGCGCUGUGGAGAACAGUGUCCUGGCUUCCGCAUGCACGGAUGGAGGAAGAUCUGUGUGCACUGUAAGUGUGUGCGGGAAGAGCAUGUGGUGCGCUCGGUGCCCGGCCAGCUGGAGAGAAUGAUGAUGAAGCUGGUGUCAGACUUCCAGAGGCACUCCAUAUCCGAUGACGACUCGGGCUGCGCCUCGGAAGAAUACGCCUGGGUGCCGCCCGGAAUCAAGCCUGAACAGGUUUAUCAAUACUUCAGCUGUAUUCCAGAAGACAAGGUUCCGUACGUGAACAGUCCAGGAGAACGAUACCGUAUUAAACAGCUCUUGCACCAGCUGCCGGCCCAUGACAGCGAGCCUCAGUACUGUAACUCUCUGGAUGAAGAAGAGAAGAAAGAAUUGAAGUUAUUCAGCCAGCAAAGGAAGAGAGAGAAUCUGGGCCGGGGCAUCGUACGACUUUUUCCAGUCACCAUGACCGGAGCCAUCUGUCAACAGUGUGGAAGGCAGAUUUGCGGCGGUGACAUAGCGGUCUUUGCGUCACGUGCGGGUCACGGCUCCUGCUGGCAUCCUCAGUGUUUCCAGUGCGCUUCCUGUAACGAGCUGCUGGUAGACCUCAUCUACUUCUACCAGGAAGGACACAUCUACUGCGGGCGGCACCACGCUGAACACAUCAAACCCCGAUGCCAGGCCUGCGACGAGAUCAUCUUUGCGGACGAGUGUACGGAGGCCGAGGGGCGGCACUGGCACAUGAAGCAUUUCUGCUGUUUUGAGUGUGAGGCGGCGCUGGGGGGUCAGCGGUACAUCAUGAGAGAGAGUCGGCCCUACUGCUGCCGCUGCUACGAGUCGCUGUACGCCGAAUACUGCGACACCUGCGGAGAACAUAUCGGUAUAGAUCAGGGCCAGAUGACGUACGAGGGCCAGCACUGGCACGCCUCUGAAGCGUGUUUCAGCUGUGCCUGCUGUCGGCUCCCCCUGCUGGGCAGACCCUUCCUGCCCCGCGGCGGACUCAUCUUCUGCUCACGCUCCUGCUCGCUGGGGGAAGACCCAGACAACUCCGACUCCUGCGAUUCUGCCCUACAGAGCAAAUCAGUGUCACAUAAACUAAUUCAUAAUCCGCAGCAUAGUUCCACACCACGGCCACAGGGGGGAACCAAUGUCCCUGCCGCCACCUCUAAAGUUAGCACAAAGAAGAAUGCAGUCAUAGCAACUACUACAACAGCAGAUAAUGGGUGUCAUAUUCCACUGAAGAGCAAAGGUGUUCACACAUCAUUCCCUCCUGUACCGAAUGGCGAACCUCCACCGUAUGGACAAACUCGCACACAAAACUCACAUCUUUCCUCUCAGCUCUGUCUAGUAGCCAAUGACAGGGCAGCAUUACAUUGCAAGGACCAAUUGAGCAUCAGCACACACCAAAUGAAUCGCCGGUCAGACAGUCCUUACAGCGCUCUGGAGUUUACAGUGGAGCUGAACGGAUAUGCAGAAUUUGGUCCUUUCCCACCAAACUGCACAUCUAGGGGGACUUCCACUGCAAAGGAUUGUGGGAACAUCGUCGAGAUCGGUCGUACAGGAAUUUCCUCUCAACUUGAGUCUUCAGAUGCGUUUGAUGAUCUAAACGACUCCGACACCUUUCCGCCUCCUCCGCCCCCUGUUUUCUUCGAUCCGUCUGAUUCGCAGACGCCUUCGGAUUCCCUUCCGGUUGUCACUGAAGACGAAGACCUCCCCACAACACCUGUCCGCAGCAGCACCGCCAGGGUCAGCUUCAGAGAGCCAAUCAGCUGCAGUUAUUCAGUGGAAGAGGAAGAGUGGGAGGAAGAGGAAGGGGUGGAGAUGGAGCGAAGAGAGGGAGAGGAUGAGGAGCAGGAGGAAGAUGGAGAAGAAGCUGAGGGAAGCUUGGGACACAGGUUGCGCUUUUGCACUGAAGAACCAUCUCAAAUGGACCUGCUGGAUGGGUCGUACCACCACAGUUUCCGUCGGGGAAGCGGUGGCCAGCUUCCCAUGGAGAAGCACCUCAGACGAUCCAGAGGUUCACGAAGCGACAGACCUCGUCUGGAAACUCUGGAAUGGCGGGAAGGGGAGCGCAGGCGAAGUCGAAACGGCAGCCUGACCCUGCACUCCACCCGCUCCAGACACGAAGAGUCCUGCUCCACCUGCUCCUCUUCCUCAGACUCAGAAGAGGAAGGCUUCUUUCUGGGCCAGCGCAUUCCUCUGCCGCCACAGCUGACGGGUGGAGAGAGAGCAGAAGGACAGAAAGAGGACGAGGACAAGAGCCGGAGAGGAAGUUUCAGGAGAAGGACACAGAGUCUCAGUAGAAAAGACAAGGACAAGAACUGCAUACUGUCCUGAGAGAGACAGCCGUG